GACAUGGGGGCAACUAACGGGCGGCGCAGCUUCCAUGCUUUGUUUUCUGUUAUGAUUAGUUUGGGUGAUACGUUUUGGGGAAUAAUGAUGCAGAAUUCAACCAUGUGACCGCUGCGAAGCGUCGCAAAAAGGAAUUGUUUUUUGUUCGAUUGCGCCCAUGUUUGAAGACUAAAGAAAGGAGGAGACUCAUGGAAAACUCCUGGAUGAGGACACAGGCAAUGACAUGGAAAAGACUGAGAAACUCAUUUUUACUGGAUUCAUUGGUGAGGGUUUUUUUUUGUGGUGAGCCCAUGGGAGGUGGGGACCCACGUUGGCUCUUCGGGCUGAGCCCGGCAGGGCCCCAUGGGUGUGGCAGCGAAGCCCAGUGCCACAGCUGUCCUGAGUAUUGCUGCGAAGGCCCACCACCUUUCCGCUGCUCCGAGCUCAAUUAUGUAGGCGACAUGCUCUUAUGCAACGUGAAGGGCACUGCCAUUUCUGGCAUUGUGUUCAGUGUGGUCUUUCUACUGAACACAAUGGCAGCCUUGUUGCUGUGCGUGUGCAUGUACAUGAAAAAUGGACAUGGUGCCAGGGUCGGUGUGUUCAGCACAUCAUGCAUUAACACUGUGACACAGGGCUACCCAGGUUUGUCCCCACUCAAAUUACAAAUCUCCUGUCAGGUUCCAUUGAAUUGCUCAAUGGAUGCUGCAGUGUUAUAUGCCAUAAUCUCUAUUUUUGCUUCAUUCGUCCUUUUUCCUGUCUCCUUAAUGCAGGGGUCGGCAACACAAAAUGUUGAAAGAGCCAUAUUGGACCAAGAACGGAGAGGGUUCAAUUCCUCGCAAGUGCCCCUGUUGCAGAAAAAGCUGUGA